CUGAAAUGAAAAAAACAUAUCGUGAUAUGAAAAAAUCUUAUAUCGCCCAGCUCUACCUGAGAGAUACUUGUAGGCAGAAGAAGGAAGACAGCAGAGAUAGGAGGACCAACUUGAUCAAUCAUAAACAGUUAGCACAGAGUGCACACAGGUUCUUGUUUUACAGGGAACAAAGGUCACUCGGUACGCUGACUGCGUGAGAGUAACACGGCACUAAAGGUUCACCUUAGUGCGUGUAGAAGAACAGCAUGGUAUGAUGGAGAGGUGCUGGCAGCCUCUCCUCCUGCUGUGGCUCACUGCAGGGCUGGUAAAAAAUAACCAGACAGUGAAAGACGGUGAAACCCUGACAGUAAACUUCACCAACGAACAUCUUCAAGUCAUCCCUCACAACCAAAAUGUUAACGUUACCAAACUGGUGAUUGAUGGGAACCUAAUUACUCUGAAUGACACGGACAAGCAAGCACUAGCUUGCUAUCCCAGACUGGUAGAGCUUCACUUGGAUGCUAACUGGAUCACUGCUAUUCCAGCCAAAUACUUUGCUGUGGUACCAAACCUCAGAGUGCUGUCUCUCGCCAGAAACAACCUCAGCAGCCUUGACCCUGAGGCUUUCAGUAGCCUGGAUGUCUUGACAGAGUUGGACCUGACCCACAACUUGCUAACAAGCCUCCCUGCACAGCUGAUCAGUGGGCUGAACAAGUUACAGGUACUGAACCUACAGGGAAACCCUUGGAAUUGUUCCUGUCCACUGCUGACCAUCAUUGGACAGAUCGAUGCAGCAAAUAUUACCAUGGGAGGACCACAGGUCAUCUGUGCAUCUCCAGCAGAGCAGGCUGGACGAGAUCUUCUUAAUGCUACAGCACUGUGCUCCACAUUAUUACCCACCAUCACACCAGACCCUCAGAAACCAAAAACACCAGUCCACUAUCUCCAGACGUCGGGCCCAUCAGUUAUUACGACGACCACACAGUCAACCAGUCAGAACGACAGCAUCAGCAAAGACCCCACACCUGUGCUCGGCAACACGUGGAAAUUCACCGCAUCCGUCGCAAUCUUGGCAGUAACGACCUCCAUGCUCAUCGUAUGUGCCGUCAAGGGACCGUCCUGGUACAAGCUCUUCCACAACUACAGGCAUCAGCAGUUACAACAAGAAGUUGGGGAGGACGAGGAUUUUGUGUCAACAGAGUUCUCAGCGACAGGAAGACACCCGGCCCAUCAAACAUUCAGCUUUGAACAAAUGAACAGACAGAUGCAGGAGGAGCAGGAGGAGCAGGAGUACUUUGAGGAUCCAUAUAUCAGGAGAGAAGAGUGACAUGCGCGAGGAGAAACAACGAUGAUAAGAAACCAAACCACUCACACAAUACAAUCCAAUCAGUGGCUAACCUUGCUGUUUGAUAAACGCCGCAGAGUAUUAUCAUUUCACGGGUCACAAAAUCAUUCAUAAGGCUCUUACUGUAUGAGAGUUGUACUGUUGGUUAUUGAAGGAGCUUCUUUGCAACAUCUCACAAAUUCAGGCUCUUAACUCCACCGACCUGCAUUGUUGCCCGGAUACUUCUAUUAGUACACUGACAGCUGUCCGCUACGAGGAGUCUGCAACAAUCCUAACUCGACUUUUUGACCACUAGAAGUACAAUAUUCGAAUACAGAACACUUCCUGUAAUCUGACCCAUUAGUGUUAGUGUGUGAGUACCCAUUUACAUCGACAGCUUUAUCCUUGUUUGCAUGGCGCUAGAAUGAUGAAGUCACAUGGUUUACAAGAGUUUUUACCUCUAAUGGCACUAUAGAGGUGUCUUCAUGACUCGACAACACAAGCAGCAAUGUGCGGUGUUAUACAAACCUCAGUUUACGGUGGUUUGAAAACAGGUUUGCAAGUGUUUCAGAUAAAACACACUCCACGUGUUUGUUUGCUCACAGAUCUACACGGCAUUUAUUUUGACCAGUUUCAUUAAGAAAACUUCACUGCUGCUUCAUCUUUAUGUAACAAGCAGUUGUUUCCUGUUGUGUUCAUGUUCAAAAAUCUCAUACCUGUACAUAUCUGAUUUUUUUUAAAUAAUGUUUUAUGGCUCACAUGAAAACUAGCCAUCCGGCUAAUUACAUAAUUUACUAGUACUUAAUUCUGAAAAUGAUACUUCACAAAAUAAAUAUGUUAAGAAAGUGUAUUUGUGAACAUAAAACUGUCUAAUGGAGA